AAUAUUAUUUCAGAAAUAAUGGCACGUACAAAGCAGACAGCCCGUAAAUCAACCGGAGGAAAAGCUCCGAGAAAACAAUUGGCAACAAAAGCCGCCCGUAAGAGCGCACCGUCCACUGGUGGAGUUAAGAAACCUCAUCGUUACCGCCCAGGUACCGUCGCUCUUCGUGAAAUCAGAAGAUACCAGAAGUCUACUGAGUUGUUGAUCAGAAAAUUGCCCUUCCAACGAUUGGUUCGUGAAAUCGCUCAGGAUUUCAAGACCGACUUGCGUUUCCAGAGUGCAGCCAUCGGCGCUCUUCAGGAAGCUUCUGAAGCUUACUUGGUUGGUCUUUUUGAAGACACUAACUUGUGCGCUAUUCACGCCAAGCGUGUCACUAUUAUGCCGAAAGACAUCCAAUUGGCUCGACGAAUCCGUGGUGAACGUGCUUAA